AUGGUCUCCGCUAUCUUCUAUUUAUCAUUCGUGUUUACUAUUGUUUCCUUGGUUACUUGUACGUCAUGUAUGCUUGUUGAGUCACUAGUGACAAGCAGGAAAAACGUGUUUUUAAAGGGACGUGUUGUGCAACGUCAACUGACUAAUAGUCAGUUAUCGUGUGCUCAUCUUUGUGCAAGAAUAAACGGAUGCACGUCUUUUAAUUACAACCUCGAGUCGAACAUUAAAGGACUUUGUGAAUUGUUGAAUGGUUCCAAUGAAGCAUUUGAUCACAGCCUCACAGAGGGAGAGGGGUGGAUAUUCGGACAAGUUGUUUCGUCUCAGAAAAAGUCUGAGGAGCAAAAAAGUACGCCCGGUAAGAGUACAAUGAAUAACAAGAAGAUUACUAAGUAACAUUCUUAAACACUUAUGUGAUGAGGAAUAGCAGAAAGUUCCGCUUAGCCAGCACAUUAUUUUUAUUAUCAAAGUAGUAAGGUUGCGGAAAUAAUCCAGGUUGCCCGUAUUUUCGCACCAUCGUAUUUACGUAGCCUCUUCCAUAUGGACACCCUCAUGUGUAUUAUAGCUUGGCUCAAACGCAUGUAAAGCCAUUUCUCUCAUCUUUGUGAAACCUGGAAAGCAGUUUCCUAUUGACGCUUGCAUCCAUUUGAUUAACUUUUCUUUUUCAGUCUAAGUCAUGUGACUUACACUCGCCUUGUAACAGUCAAAAGGUUUGACCAAACACAAACUUAUGCAGAUUAGUCUCAGGGUUAUUCUUAGCGACAUACUUUUAAUCACUUUUGACAAUUACAUCGACACUUAUCAUGAGUUUCAGCAUCAGCAUAUAUUAAAUAUAUAUAAUACACAUAUACUGUGGAACCUCGAUAUAACGAAGUCCUCGGUAUAAGGAACGAUUUUCUUUGUCCCAGAAAUAGUAAAAUAUGUGAAAAAGAACCUCGAUGUAACGAAACCUCGUUAUAGCGAACGGAUUUUGCCAGUCUCUUGGCACUUCGUUAUAUCGAGGUUGUCCUUGCCCUUUUCUAUUCCAUAUUUGAAAAUUUUCCUGUUUCAUGAAGACCCAAUCAACAGUUUAAUUUCAUUAUUUUUUUCUACUCAUCCUGUUACAUUCUUAUCACACAUGUGAUCACGCUUUUUAGAUAUUAACGUACACGUGACCUUUACUUCUCUUGAUGCCAAUGGCCGCGAAGGUCCCAACAAUACAUCCGGGUACAAGGGAUCACAACUGGAGGGCAAAGUUCAACUUGUGGCUGGAAUCCAAACAUGGAGUGUCCCAGUAACAGGACUCUAUAGUAUAACAGCCUGGGGAGCUUCAGGGGGAAAUGGUACUGGGGCAAGUCCUAGGCUCGGAGGAAGAGGUGCGAGGAUUAAAGGACAUUUUAAACUGAACGCAGGAGAGAGGUUAAAAAUACUCGUAGGACAAAAAGGGAAAUGCCCAAGUCCCCUCUCUCAAGACUCACCAGGGGGUGGCGGUGGUGGAACAUUCGUAACCAACGGAAAUGGUUCACCACUUGUUGUCGCCGGGGGUGGUGGUGGUGGCGCUAAAUUUGAAUCUUUCAAUACUUCACUGAACGGAGACCCUGGCCAAGUAACAGAGAAUGGAACUAGACAUGGGGGGUACGGAGGACAAGGAGGCAGCCGGUGCCCAAACUCAUCCCAAAUUGAGGGUUCCGGGGGAGGCGGUUAUCGAGGAGAUGGUGAGCGGUCCGGUACAUGCACUGGAGGGCAGAGUUAUUUACAUGGGGGAAACGGGGGAAGCAGCUUCCCAGGAAUUGCUAAUGGUGGAUUUGGUGGUGGGGGAGCAAGCACUUCGCAUCCAGGAGGUGGAGGCGGAUAUUCCGGUGGGGGAAUAGAAAGUAAAGAGCACGAAGUGACGGUCGCCGGAGGUGGAGGCUCGUAUAACGGCGGCAUAAUGCAAGAGAAUACCGGAGGAGUACAGCAGGGAGAUGGGAAAGUAGACAUUAAGUUAAUCAAAUAAAGUUAAACUGGUAUUGACGCCACUUUUACAACACGCAUUUGACUAUUACUAUCAGAGACAAGAACAGGAAAAACUUAGCAGUUGUUUAUGUCGAUGGAGGAGUGUUGAGGCGUAGCAUGCGUUUUAUGAAAAAACCUGAACUGUAUCAUUAUCCAGAGCCGGGCAUAUAAAAAGUCCAAUGUAAUAAAUUUGGUUAAAUACAAGGUUACCAUAAAGUUGUUUGUUAUCGGAUAAUUCUUAUUCCAAUUCAGAGCGAGGAUGCCUUUUCGAUCAAGUCUCCCGAUUUUUAUUUGCACAAGUUCUCUCCGAGAGGCCGUUUAGCGUUUGCUUGAACCAUCCCUAAGUAAACCUUACGAAAAAAGAGGAGCACAAAUCAAACAUUGGAUUUGUAUUAUUCAGAAAUUGAAAAUUUUACAAAAUAAACCUAAUUAAAAAUAGACUAUAGACUGAAUUUACACCUAAUUCAAACGAGACACUCUAUGACAAAUCUUUUCAUCAUAUGUCUCUUUACUCUUAAAAAAAUCGCGACAAGAUUUCAUAGGACUUACUAAUGAACUUCUUGUUGCUAGGUAGCAAACACUUCAAAAUGUAUGUUAUUUACCCAAAGCAUAAGAAAUAAUUCACUUUAAAAACCUUCAAACAAUGAUAUUUUAUUUGAAACCGGAACAACUCUUAAUAAAACAUAAUGAUACGUGACACAAGUCCAAUUCCGAAAAGAACCUAUUUUGUAUGUUGUCUAUCUAUUUACAUUCAAUUUCAUUUUAAAAGAUUUUGUGGUUAAUAGUUUUAAGUUAAUACUUUCUUAGCACAAAAGAGACGCAAUGUAUAACUUCUUCGCCUUAGCAGUUGUUGUUUUAUAUUUGCGGCGGGGAGUCGGGCAAACCAUUCAUCGGCGAGCGGCUCUGUUCAACACACUGGAAAAUUUCAGGGUCAUUAACGGUGAUUUGAUUAAACGACAAAGAAGCCAGAGUUUGGGAACGUGCACACAGCAGUGCUUAUCUGAACCUUCAUGUGCAUCUUUUAAUUUCGGUUCGUCUUCGGAUAGUCGUGGAUUUUGUGAGCUGUAUAAAGAUGGUGGAGACGUAACACUGAGUGCAAAACCAGGAUGGCUUUGUGGAAAACUACUGGACAAACGACAAUUCGUUAAGCGUAAGUUUUAAUUAAGGAUUUCAUUACUUGCUAAAAGUGUUGGUAAAUACAUCUAACAUAUCAUACCGAUCACUCGGGUAAAGUUUUAUUCACUUUCUUCACAAAGGACAAUAUUACUGAAAUUUUUUCGUAAUUCUUUGAUUUCCAAGGGAUCCUGUUUCGCGGCCCUUAAUCCGUCUAUUCACUGGCCGGUAUGGAUUCAAUACACACCCUAGCCUGAAUUUCAUCCGAUUACUUCGAGUCGUUAUUACUCCCUCAUCAGUUACUGAUCGUGAGGGAGUAAUAACGACUCGAAGUAAUCGGAUGAAAUUCAGGCUAUGUAUACACACCUGUGUGAAGAGAACUAUCAGGGUGGAUUUCCACUUUAGCAUAACUUUUACGUGCGUACUCACGUACGUAAAAGACGUAUAAGGCUGGGAACGAGGCUGAGUCUAACCUCACCUUAUAAGGACAUCUCUCUAUUAAGGGGAGUACUAUUCGUCCCGGAAAAGCCAAAGCUGAUAUCAGUUCUGAUGCCUUUAUUCUGACACCUCUAUAAUGUAACCGCGCAUGUUUGUGCCUUAUUCCCUUUGGCGCCUGCAUUAAUAAUGUUUGAGACAAUCUUUUUUCAGGGGCACCCAACGUGAAUUUACGGAAAAUACAGUUUUCGGAAGACGAUUUGAGAUCCAGAAUUUUCGGAACAUUUUGUGUAAAAUUUCUUGCUUGCCUGCCUCUCCUAGGAUUUUCGAACAUCUAAAAAAUGGUAAAACUGCUCAUUUUUAACGGAUUUUUACCCUACAAAUGUCGCCUAGAAUUUUCGAGAGCCUUUUUUCUGGCUGGAAUUUUCGAAAAGGUAAGGUUUGAUCCCCAAAAUUUUCGGAUCACUAGACUUUCAGCUAGGAAAUCCGAACAGAUGAAAAAUCUUAAGGGGAUAAAAAUAUGCCCAUAUCUACCGUUUAAAUACUAAAAUAAGUUUAACAAUGCUAUGUUUAAGUGGUUUUGAACUAUAUUCUCGUUGGGUGCCCCUGUUUUUUGUUGUAGCACCAGCUGAAUGCAAGACUUGGCGAACCAAAGAUGGCGGAUGUUGUGUUUUCCCGUUCUUUUACCAAGGGAAGCUCCACGAUACGUGCAUUUUUGAUGGUCAGUUAUGGUGUUCUGUCACAGAUAACUACGAUACUGACCGGAUGAGAGGUACUUGCCAAGGUGAGAUCUAUCGAAAACUAAAGUUAACAGUAAAUAUCGUGGUUCUGUUCACUACACCCAGUAGCUAGUUGAGAGCAUGUGACUUAAUUAUUGCACCAAACCGCUAUAGGUUCUACAGGUUUAGGAGAAUGAUACCAUGGCUGAUCAUGAUAAUGACUAGUGCAUGAAGGGUGCAUGCAGCAACCUCAAACCAAAUUAACUAGACAGAAAAACUGAAAAACCGUCGGGCUUUUUCUCAAACCUAUUUUCAUGGCAAGUAGUGCAGGCGUGAGAUUCUCGGGCGCUUGCUAGCCUCACACGCCCCUAUUCAAGUCACACUCACUCUUCGUUUUCAGCAUCGCUUGACUGCUCGCGUUCUUGACAUGUGCAAAAAUGUGGGCUGUUGGCUACUGUGCAAAGAGCCGUGAGGCACGCAAGCGCUAAGUAAAAGCCGUGAAUCCGAAACCAAGAGCCAGAAAGUGCAAAUUGCUAAACGUGAAAAACACCUUACCCUUCCCAAAAAGAGCACCAGAUGUUUUUUACCUGGUUACAGAAAGUAUCACUAGUAUUUGAUGCAGCCAGUAUAAACUCAGAAUUUUCUCCUAGCCAAGAAAGGAAAUAUCGAGGGACUCAUGUCGAUUUGUUUCUCUAGGGAACAAGUAUGCAUUGUACCGUUCGAGUUCUAACUUUUUUCGCUGAAAAGUAAUUUCUUAUUUUCGAAAAAUCAUCUUGCUUACGGACCACUUAACAAAUAUUUAUUGUCAGACUUCAACUUCACGUUUACCACGCUGGGUGCCCAGGGAGAGACAGGACCGUCGAACACUUCUGGAUAUCAGGGAACAACACUUGAGCACAAAGUCACGCUGCAAAAGGGUAUCCAAAUAUGGAAGGUGCCCUUGAACGGAACUUACGCCAUAGAGGCCUGGGGAGCAUCAGGUGCUGAUGGCAGGCAAAAAGUCGAUCUAGUUUCCUCUACAAGAGCAGGCGGCAAGGGAGCUUACAUGAAGGGGUGCUUUAAUCUCACUCAAGGAACGUCUGUCAAAAUUCUUAUCGGGCAAAGGGGGAGUACUGGAACAAUCGGUUCUCCAUCAUUUGGGGGAGGUGGAGGUGGAACAUUUGUUGUUCUUCAUCCCGGUAAUCCUUUGAUUAUUGCAGGCGGUGGGGGUGGUGGUGGUGCACCGAAGAGUGGGUACGAUGUAGGGGACCCAGGGCAGAUUACAGAAAAAGGAUCACAGAGUGGCGGUUCUAAUGGAACAGGUGGAAUCCUCCUUGUGGAGAGUGCCCCAUCAGAAAACCUCGACGCCGGAGCGGGAGGCGGUUUAAACACUGACGGAGAAUCCGGAAGAAACGCCAAAGGAGGUUUAAGCUUUAUCAAAGGGGGUCUGGGGGGAAAUUCAAUGAAUGGAGCAAAUGGUGGAUUUGGGGGUGGGGGUGGAGGUUUUCUAUUCCCCGGUGCGGGGGGUGGGUAUUCAGGUGGGAGUGUCAAGAAAAAAUCUGGUGUCACCAUUGCCGGAGGGGGAGGGUCACUUAACAGAGGGAAUAACCAGGAAAAGACAAAGGACGUAAAUAGACACGAUGGAAAGGUAGUCAUCGCACUUGUUGAUCCUGAACAAUAG